CUUCGAGCCACAUCCUGGCUAUAGACCAUUAUCCAAUAAAUCACUGUGGAUAAAUGAUUUUUUGUUUUAUGGCAUCCAUUUGUUGAGCCCCUGAGGAGGACACAUGCUACUUUGUGCUGAAACGCGAGUUCACUGAGCGUCCGCCAUGUCCUAUCCCAGCGCCCCCCCGCCAUACAAUGAUCGGGACCCCUUAAAUAAUCCUGGAUACCCCCCUGGCAAUUACCCCCAGCCUGGAUACCCUGCCAGCAAUUACCCCCAGCCUGGUGGCUAUCCCCCCCCAUACGGACAACCUGGCGGAUUCUACCCACAGCCGCAGCCUGGAGGAUACCCUGGGGGGGGUUACCCAGAACCCGGAGGCAAUGAGCCCCCAAAGCCGGUGAUGCCAAUGCUUCCAAAUAUCCCACUGAACCCAGCGGAUUCGGGUAUUUACACUGAGGGGGACGCGCAGUUUGGUUCUUGGGAUGACAAAGUCGUGCGUCACGCUUUCAUCCGUAAGGUUUACGCCAUCAUCG